AUAGAAAAUUAAAAAUGUAACGAAUAAAACAGCAGUAACGAAUAGCAUAUCACAGUCGGUAUUCUCUUUAGUAAUUAAUUGUCACCUUCGCCGGUAGAUGUCAAGUGCUAUUGCAAAAUAUAUCGUGUGUACCUUUUCGACACCUCUCAACACUUUUCGCAAUUCGCAAUCGAAACGAGAUAGACAUAUAUUCGACCAUUGAGACGAAGAAAGCGCGAGAAGUGCAAGGUGCAGAGGUGCAGAAGUGCAAGUGAACGAACCGGUCGUCUGCACCGCACCUCGACGAAGAUGACGGAAUUGAAUAACAAUCUCGUGUAAAAUAUAUGUUGUACGUAUCUGUAACUGUAUCUCGAAAACUGUCACGCGAGCUUACGCGAAUUGAAGUGUCAAACAGAUAUGGGACUGUCGCAUUUCUUCGUUAAAUUGGAGUAGAUUAAAAGGAUUUCACAAUGUCGACGGAAAAUGUGUGGGAUGCCGAGAAUGCGGUUUGUUCGACCACUGACGAAAGUACACCACUUUUGUCAAGAAGUGGUCAAACCAUGGUCGAGAAGAUUAGCAUUUCGCAGCAGACUUUGGUCUCCAAUAAUGGCCAGCUUGGUCAAGCCAAGAGGCUGCCACAGUACAUAGCAGCUUUAGCAGCAACGCUUGGCGCUGUUGCUGCUGGUAUGGUGCUUGGUUGGUCGUCGCCCGCUGGUAAAAAUGGUGUGAAUCUGCAGAAGGAUUACAACAUAACUAUGGAUGCAACUGAAUUUUCCUGGGUCGGAUCACUUGCUACUCUUGGAGCGGGUGUGAUAUGCAUUCCCAUCGGUGUAAUAGCGGACUUAAUCGGGAGGAAGACUGCCAUGCUGGUCAUGGUAGUUCCUUUCGUCGUUGGUUGGAUACUUAUUAUCUGCUCGAAUUCAAUGAUCAUGUUCUACUUUGGUAGAUUUAUUACAGGCCUUGGUGGUGGUACCUUUUGUGUAGCUGCUCCCUUAUAUACUGCAGAGAUAGCGGAAAAAGAGAUUCGUGGCGCACUCGGUACUUACUUCCAAUUGAUGCUCACAAUAGGUAUCCUGAUUUCGUACAUUCUUGGCGCCGUUAUUGAAAAUAUGUUUACUCUGUCGAUUAUUUCCGCGGUCAUACCACUGAUCUUUUUUGUGGCGUUCAUCUUCAUGCCAGAGACUCCAGUGUACUACUUAAAGAAAAACAACCAGGAGGCCGCCAGAAAUAGUUUGAUCAAACUUCGUGGCAAUCAGUAUAAUAUCGAAGCCGAGUUGCAGGAGAUGCAAGAAGCGCUUGAAGAAACGAAGCGGAGCGGCGCGUCGUUCACAGAUUUGAUUCAAACUAAGGCUGUCAAAAAAGGCUUUGUAAUUGCCUACGGGUUGAUGCUCUUCCAGCAAAUGAGUGGCGUAAACGCCAUCAUUUUUUACUCUUCAGAUAUCUUCGAGAGAGCCGGAUCCUCUAUAGAGCCCAAUAUAGCUACCAUUAUUGUGGGAGCGGUGCAAGCAGUAUCAGUUUUCUUCGGUACUCUUGUCAUCGAUAGACUCGGCAGGAGGAUCUUGCUGCUGGCAUCAAUCAUAAUGAUGUUCGUGACGACUCUGAUUCUUGGAGUUUACUUUUAUUGUAUUGAAAAUAAUACUGCUUUCGACGAUAUUAAGUGGUUCGCCCUUAUCCCACUCUGUGUCUUUCUCGUACUAUUUUCAUUCGGCUUUGGACCGAUCCCGUGGAUGAUGAUGCCGGAGAUCUUUGCUCCGGAAGUAAAGGGAGUCGCCGGGAGUAGCGCUUGCCUAUUCAACUGGCUUAUGGCUUUUGUAAUCACCAAAUUUUACACCGAUAUGGUCGCCGCUGUGGAACCCUAUGGUACUUUCUGGAUAUUCUGUUUAUUCUGCAUCAUUGGCACCGUAUUUGUUUACUUCUUGGUCCCAGAAACCAAGGGCAAGACGCUAGAUGAAAUACAAAGAGAGUUGAAUCGUUGAUCAAGAGAUCAGGAACUUUUUCAAUAAGCAGAAAAUAUAAAUUGUACAUAUUGAAAUAUAUUUUUUAGUUGUACAUAAUAAGUUAUAGUACUUAAAUGAAACACAUUUUGUAAAUUGAUUACAUGGAGUAUGUAUCAGACUCAUGUCACAGUGCGAGAAUGUAUUUUGUAUUCGAAAACGGUCGUAAUGUUAUUCAAUGUCCACAUUGUCAUUUUAUUAUAUCAAUGCUAUCUCUUUAACCCUCACAUGGAGAAUUUAUUAAUUGAAAUUAAAGAACAAAAUAUAUUUUUAAUAAGCAAGUGAACGGCCAAAAUAUAUUUAUUUUUUUCUGAAAUUAUAUAAAAUAAUCACAUCGUGUCCUAAAGGAAACAUCCUUAAGAAAAAAAUAUGAUAAAAUUGAAAUUUACCUCAAAUUACUAUCAAUAUGUAUAUUAUCUUAUUGUAUCAUAGCUUCUAAGCAACGAAAAUUUUUUAGUGGCUUGCAAACAUUGCUAGUCUGCCCUUUGAGGGUCCAAAGAAGCAGUAUUUUAACAUUUGAUACAUAUCUUUAUCUUCUGUAUCCUAAUUAGAUACUGUAAGCCCGUUCGUUAUUCUCACUUUUAUAAGAAUAAAAAAAUUAUUAAAUGAUUUUUACAUAUGUAUACCUUAACAUCUAGAAAAUAUUUGUCUGAUUAUUUAUUUUUAAAAAUUAUACAUAAAUGUUACAACCCAUUAUAGCUGACAAGAUGAGAAAAAUGUACAUUUUCAUGUAAAAAUUAAAAACAUUGAAAAUAACUUAAGGAAAAAUAUUUUCGUAUUUUAAAAUUGAUAUUCCGAACCACAAAAAUAAUUAAAUGUAUCAACUGUCCAAAAAGUUAGGUCAAUGCUUGAGAAUGACUUUUUAAUAUGAAUGUAUGUAAAUUGAAAAUAUAUUGCAUUUAUAUUUUUAACAAUGCGUUUUAUAUUAUUGAUAUUACAAAAUUGAUAUUACAAAUAUAGAUAAUCAUUACACGUACGAUAUUGAUAUUGUAAAAAUUAACAAAAAAAUAGAAAAACCGUUUAAAAGAAAAGUAAAAAAUAAAAAUAAAAAAAUAUUUUUUAAAUUUAAAAAUUAAAAAUUCCAUUUUUUUGUAAUAGUUUGUAAAAUUAUUACAACAGAUUUUGCUAUUACAAUGCCUGGUCAUAUUAAAAUUAUUUAUAUUGUAUUACGACAGAUUUAAUUAAAAAUAAUAACAAUUCUUUAAUAUAGAAAAAAAUAUAAGACGAGUUAUUCGUGUCCUAAGGUGAAUUUUUGAAGCGUUUUGGUCGAAGAACGUGCACGAAUUGGCUGACAAUGCUCACUUCUUAAAUGUACGUUAAGUCUUUCAAAGGAAAAAAUAUUAUUUACUCAGUUAUUCUUAACUCGAAGGGAAGAAAUAUGCAGAACACAAAUGUCCUAAUAAGGUGUGUAUAAGUGUUAUUAAGGCGAUUUUAGAUGUAUUAUAAGAUAUGUAUAAAGUUGUAUACUUGUAUAAAGUUUUUAUUGAUUAUGUAUUGUUUUCUAUUUUAGUUAGCAUUAUCAUUACAUGUAUAUUUGAUAUUUAUUUGCCUAUUGCAAAUAAAUUGUUGUUAAUUAUAUCUAAUACAAAUUUGCAUUUUC